UCUCUUUACAUCUCUCUCUCUCUCUCUCUCUCUCUCUCUGUCUUUCCCCCAUGGCACUGCCUUUCUGUCUCAGCCACAUUUUAUUGACUUGCUAAUUGCCUGAGACUCUCAUUGUGGAGCGAGGGAUGUUGUCAUAGGAGGAGGAGAAGAGAGGAGGUGCACCACCAUUAAGGAGGGAGGUCUAACGGAUGCUACUGCUGCCGCCACAGCUCGCUUUCUUGUCAUUUACGGAGGUCCAUCCCCCUUUCUCUCUCUCUCUGCCUCUGCCUCUCUUUGCUGUGUGAGGGGGGGAAUAACAACAGCUGUUUUCUCAUUGAUCUGCACAGCAGUGGCACCCAAGACGUGAGCCCGUCGCGUGAGCUCGUCGCUCCCCCACGCGUCGCCCCGCACUGACGGAACGAGAGGGAUGCACACGCCGUCACAUGCAGCGCUACACGUGAACGAUUUCCUUAAUGAAUGCCUUUUUUUUUUCAUCCAACCUUCACGCCUCUCUCUCUUUCUGUCUCUCCCCUCGCUCUCUCUCUCCCUUUUCUCUCUCUCUCUCUCUCUCUCUCGCUCGCUCUCACGCGCACGCUUCUCAUACUGAGAGCGUUACUCAGCUCUGAAGCGGACGAUUACCUCGCUCUCUCUCUCUCUGCUGUCCUCUACGUCUGCCCUUUUCCCCUGACAACAGCGCAGAUUCAUUCAGCGCUUGGAUUACAGUGCAGCCAGGAGGGAAGCCAAGACGCCAGGAACCAGGAAUCAAGUACUCGGCACUGUGUGGCAAACGCACCUCGCUCGACGCCUAAGCGUUCCUGGAAAUAUCCUAUCCUGGAUAUUCUUGUUUCUGCAGCAGGAAUUUCAGCCUGAGCUUUCGGGAAUAACGUCAGGGACUGAGCGAGCGAGAGAGACGGAGAGCCCUCCCGGCGACACGACCACCACCACGGUGACCGGAGAGUGCCAGACACAGACGGGGGCUCGUGUGUGAUUUUAUUCCGUGAAGAAGGGGACGAUCGGCGCAUGAAUGGAGAGCUAUGCUCCAGUGUCUCGCGUGUUUCCAGUUGCAUAAUGCUGGAGUCUAGACCAUAGCCCUCCCACCAUCCGCCCCCCCACCCCACGAGCAGCCCGUGAGUCUGUGACCCUCUACCUCCCCACACCCCACACCACCCCCACCCCCCACCACAGAUAGAGGCGAUGGCAGGACGGGACGCCAGGCAUCAGUGGAGAGCGAGAGGGAGCGGAAAAAGGAUCGGCCGUGAGUGAGCGAGUGUGUGUGUGUGUAUGUGUGUAAGGGUGUGCGUGUGUGUGUGAAUGCAUGUAUGUGCAUGUGAGGAGGACUGAGACAUUCUGUCAACUGUGAAGAGGAGCACAGACCAGGACACAAAGAGAGCGUCUCGCCAACUGACAUGUCGAGGACAACAUUCCAGUGGAUGGGUUUGUGACGGGCCCCUCCUGAGGUUUGGAGCCUGACAACUGAAACCGUUAUCACAGCCGAUUCAUUCCUGUCUAAUUCUACCUGUGACUUCAGCCUGCUUUGGCCUCAGGUGUAGUAUUCUUCUUGCCCGUGGUAGAACCUCAUCGAGGUUGGGGGAACAUCUGGGCCGGUGGAACCAGCGGCCUCUUAGGGUUCUGCUCUGGUUCAGCGAUACUGCUCGGCAAUUUGGCUACAGUGGACCAAACAAGGACCCCCAUCACUCUGUGUCUAUCUAACUGUCUAUCUCUCUCUCUCCCCAUCUUGCUAACAAGUGUCGCUCUGUUCACAUAGCAGAGGCACUUUCCUGGACCUUUUCUCUCCCUCUUUCUCUCUGUGUGCGUCGUUUCUCUCUUUCUCCGUGUCUGCCUUUGUGUCUCUCCGUCGCCCACAUGAGUCGAUCAGGGACCCUGCAGCGACGCACCACCUACCUCAUCUCCCUCACACUCGUCAAGGUCGAGGCCGUCGGCGGCACCGAGGGCGAUGGGUCUCUCCCGGAGAAGGCCGCGACCCUGGCUCUGCCCCCGGCCCCGAGCCCCCUGCCCCUCGGCCCGGGUCAGGACCUGAGGGGGCAGGAUGGUGAGGAUGAGGAAGACGAGGAGGAGGAAGAGGAGGAGGAGGAGGAAGAGGAGGCGAUGGAGGAGCGCGUGGCUCAGCCGGAGAAGCAGGAGGUGGAGGUGCAGGAAAAGGAACGGCUGAAGGAGAAGGAGGCCGUGGAGGUGGAGAUGAGAGCCAGCUGGGCGGUCAGGGAGAAGAGGAGGCCCGAGAGCAGCGAUGGGCGGCCGCCCAGAACGCCCGUCCCGAAACCACGUGACAAGACCGUGCCGCUGGUGCCCGUGAAGGACAAGGCGGGCAUGGAGCUGCUGGGCAGCCCGGGGAUGAUGACCCUGGAUCGGGAGCGGGAGCGCCGGGAUGAUGCGGCCAAGAUCGACCUCUACCGGGAGGUCUUCCCACCGCCACACCGUGGCGUCCCCGAGUGGAUUGACCACGGCUCCAACGGCACACCGAGCCGGGCCAGUCUGACAGGGCGGCCGAGCCAGCGGCCCGAGGCCCUGCUGCGCUCGCACGCCGCCGCUGUCGCCACGGUGAGCCGGCGGGAGCUGCGUGAGGCCAGCCAGAGCGUGCCGCCGUCGGCCAAGAGCCUGGACCGCAAGGCACGCGAGCGCUCGCCGCCCACCACCAUCACCAUGACCAUGGGGCCGUACCGCGCCUCCUGGUCCGAGAGCGAGGGCCGGGGAAUGUUCCAGCGCAUGAGCGGCGUCGGUGUCGGCGGCGUGGGCCCGAUGGGCGUCUCCGCAGCGACGCUGGCCCGGGAGAGCCCGCGCUCGGACCGGCUGAAGGCGGGCUCCACGUCGCUGCCGGCCCCCGCCACGCAGGCGCAGCCCGCCAAGCCCCAGCGCAAGGGCAAGAGCCGCACGCUGGACAACAGCGACCUGCACUCGCUGUCCGAAGACCUGCGGCGGGGAAAGGAGGCCCAGAGGGGGGGUGGUGUCGGCGGGGCGGCGGCUCAGGGACAGGCCCCGGCCCGCGACCGCAAGAUGCUCAAGUUCAUCAGUGGCAUCUUCACCAAGAGCACGCCGGCGCCACCUACGGCCGCCACGCUGCCCCCCACGCCCACACCCCUCUACAGCUCCAUGCAGAGGGGCUCCAGCGAGGAGGACGCAGCGUGUGCCAACAGUCAGGAAUGGAUUUUGAGCCGUGCCAUCCAAGAGCUCCGUCUGGGGGUUCUGGGUAGUCUGCAGAGUGGGAAGUCGGCGCUGGUGCACCGCUACAUGACUGGCAGCUACCUGCCUCUGGAGAGCCCCGAGGGGGGCCGUUUUAAGAAGGAAGUGCUGGUGGACGGACAGAGUCACCUGCUGCUCAUUAGAGAAGAACCAGGCCUGCCAGAUGCUCAAUUCUGCAGCUGGGUAGAUGGCGUGAUCCUGGUCUUCAGCUUGGAGAACGAGUCCAGCUUCCAGGAGGUCUACAACAACUACAGCCAGCUGUCCACCCACCGAAAUGUAGCAGAGGUCCCCUUCAUAGUAGUGGGCACUCAAGAUAAGAUCAGCAGCUCCAACCCGCGAGUCAUAGAAGACGCCAGGGCCCGGCAGCUAUGCUCCGAUGUCAGGCGCUGUUCCUACUUUGAGACGUGCGCCACCUACGGGCUCAACGUCAACCGCGUCUUCACGGAAGCUGCUCAGAAGAUUGUGACCGUGAAAAGGCAGGCCGCUCUGUUUGCGUCCUGCAAAUCUCUCCCCAACUCCCCGAGUCACUCCGGCGGAUCAACCCCAGUGUCAGGAGCCUUCCCUGGGCAGGCAAGUAAUGGGGGUCAGAGCAGUGACUACUCCUCAUCUCUGCCUUCUACUCCGGUCAAUAGUCACAAGGAGAUUGUUGCGUCGGGGGCAGAGAAGUUUGGCAGCGCCACCCCAGGGACCCUCAGGAGUGGCCCACGCCGCCGCACGGCCAGAUUUCCGGGUCGCCAUGGAAGCGAUGAGAGGAGGAGUGUAGAUAGUAAAUGGGAUUUUGGCAGUGGAAGGGCAAUCCCCAUCAAACAGAGUGUUCUACUGAAACGCAGUGGAAGCUCAAUCAACAAGGAAUGGAAGAAGAAGUAUGUCACCCUGUCCAGUGACGGGGUGCUGUCCUACCACUCUAGUGUCAAUGAGUACAUGCAGAACGUCCACGGGAAGGAGAUGGACCUGCUGCGAGUGACUGUGAAGAUUCCAGGGAAGCGUCCACCUCGAGCCGUCUCGUCUGGGGGUCCCCCUGCUGGACAGAACGGCCUGGUAAAGGACGCCCCAGGAUCAGAGGGAUCAGGAGCAGUGCCUACAUAUCCCUGCGGCCUCCUGACUGUGGAUGAGGGCGGACGGACCCUGGGAAACAGGGGGGUGCAGCGCAACCCCUCCACACUCUCCAGUAAGGCUCAGAGUAUGGACUCUUCUGUAGAGGGCGUAUCCAGCCCCACAUCUGGCAAAGAGCCUGGCCCCUCCUCCCCGAUGAUUGACAGGAAGAAGACAAGGAGGAAGAAGAGCAUGAACCAGAAAGGGGAAGCAGCGUCCGGGCAAGCUGAGGCCAAGCGCAAAAUGUGGAAGCUAAAAAGCUUUGGUAGCUUGAGAAACAUAAAUAAGACAGACGAGGACAACUUUGACUUCAUGGUGGUGUCCAGCACAGGGCAGACGUGGCACUUCGAGGCCCCCAGUCUGGAGGAGCGUGAUGCCUGGGUCCAGGCCAUCGAGAGCCAGAUCCUGGCCAGCCUGCAGUCAUGUGAGAGCAGCAGGAACAAGACUCGGAGAAACAGCCAGAGUGAGGCGGUGGCGAUUCAAGCCAUCCGCAAUGCCAAAGGCAACAGCUUCUGUGUUGACUGUGACGCACCCAACCCCACGUGGGCGAGCCUGAACCUGGGCGCCCUCAUCUGUAUCGAGUGCUCGGGCAUCCACCGCAACCUGGGCACACACCUGUCACGUGUGCGCUCCUUGGACCUGGACGACUGGCCCCACGAGCUCACGCUUGUGCUCAGCGCUAUUGGCAACCACCUGGCCAAUAGCAUCUGGGAGGCGUGCACACAGGGCUGCCACAAGCCCACGCCGGACGCCUCGCGAGAGGAGCGUGAGUCGUGGAUACGGGCCAAAUAUGAGCAGCGCAUGUUCGUGGCGCCACUGACCGGUGUCGCCGAGGGAUUGGACGGUACGCUGUCGGCCCGCCUCCUGCGGGCGGUGACGGACAGGGACCUGCCCCGCCUACUCCUGCUGCUCGCCCACAGCUCCAAGGAGGAGAUCAACGCGCCGGGCGCCGUGGUGACUCACCAUAGCAACGGCAGCACCCAGCAGUCCCGCACCGCCCUCCACGCAGCGUGUCAGCUGGCAGACGUUGUCAUGACGCAGCUGCUCGUUUGGUAUGGCAGUGACGUGAGGUGCCGUGAUCCUCAGGGUCAGACUGCCCUCUCGUUGGCCCGCCGUGCCGGCAGCCAGGAGUGUGCGGACAUACUGGUGCAGUACGGCUGCCCCAUCGAGAGCAGCACCACACCCUGCACCACCCCGACCGGCGCCUCCCUGGGCUCCCCCUGCUCCUCCGGCGCACCACUCCCCAGCGGGAGCGCCAUGGCUGGUGGUGCUGGUGGUGCUGGUGGUGCUGGUGCCACCCCCACCCUCUCAAGCAAAACCAGCGCAGCCACCGCCACCACCCUGAGUAGGAGCAGCUCCCGAAGAGCCGUGUCCUAACUGCACUCAGUCGUGUGUGUGUGUGUGUGUGUGUGUG